UGUUUAUUUUUUUUUAUGUCGUACUCUGUACAUAUAAUGUUUGCACGAUUUCGUCCUAAUAAUUUCAAAGAACUGACUAGGCAGAUUGUGUAUGUGCCUAAACAUAAACCACCCGAGCCAAAAGAUGUUGAAAUACUGCGAGACUUUAUCAACAGGCAUCAAAAAUUAUUAAUUCUAACUGGAGCGGGAAUUUCUACAGAAUCUGGAAUACCCGAUUAUAGAUCGGAGGAAGUAGGAUUAUACGCUCGCAGUAACCACAAGCCAGUUCAAUACCAGGAAUUUGUGAAGUAUCCAAAAGUGAGGCAGAGAUACUGGGCUAGAAACUUUGUUGGUUGGCCUCGGUUUAGUGGUGUACAACCAAAUGCUUCACAUCUGGCUAUCAACAAAUUAGAAAAGGCAGGAAAAGUGACAGCAAUUGUGACUCAGAAUGUUGACCGCCUGCACCAGAAAGCUGGUUCAAAAUAUGUCAUCGAGCUCCAUGGUUCUGGGUACCUAGUAAAAUGUUUGAGCUGCCCAUAUGAGAUUGAUAGGAAUGACCUGCAAGAGGUGUUAAUGAAAAACCAUCCAGCCAUGGAGAGCAGUUUCACUAUGAUUAGACCUGAUGGCGAUGUUGAGUUAUCAAAAGAACAGGUAGACCAAUUCAGAGCUCCCCUGUGCCCCAAGUGUGAAGGGCCUCUAAAGCCAGACAUUGUUUUCUUCGGCGACAAUGUCCCAAAGCAAAGAGUAGAAGAAGUGAGGAACCAGGUUUCUAGCAGUGAUGCUGUAUUUGUUCUUGGCUCCACCUUGACUGUCUACUCAAGCUAUAGGAUCAUUCUACAAGCUAAGGAAGCUAAAAAAGAAAUAGCUUUGUUAAAUAUAGGACCUACUAGAGCAGAUGAUAUUGUAGACAUCAAAGUAGCCACUAAGUGUGGAGAUAUAUUACCCAGUUUAUGUACAAUAUAAGUAAAGGUGAUUUUAGAUAACAAAUUUAUUCAUUACCAUUAGUGUGUUGCUGACUACCUCAUUAUGUGAUGUUUAUACAUGUUAUAGUAAAAUAUAGUUUUAAAUAAAACCCAUUAUUGGCAUUUUCAUUUUAAUGUUGAUAAAAAUAAGAGGUAAGAAUACAGAACUGAUUUACACAAGUGGAUAGUCUUGGGAACUGAAAAUUUACUUGUUCAGUCAAUAAUCAUUAAUCAGCAUCAAAUACAAAUGUUUAUUGUGUCUAAGUAUUAUAAUAUAAUAAAUUGGAACAACAGUACAUGAUGCUAACUUUCAUUCAUAACUAAAAAUAUUGAGCUGGAAUAAAUAACGAAAUA